AUGUCCGUCCAUUCGGCUCCAGGAAUCAAGCAACUCGAAUCCCAGGCUGAGAUUCCGGUUUCACGGCCGCCCAAGUGGAGAGCCAUGCUCCGUAAGGCAUGGAACUGGCUCACAACGCCCAAAGGCUUCUUCAUGACGCUCUACGGCCUGAACAUCAUUGCGUGGGGCGGGAUGCUCUUCCUGCUAAUGUGCAACGCGGCGCCCGCGAUGUGCCACCCGACCUGCGACGAUCUAUACUCGGCGCGUCGAAAGUGGAUCGAGAUUGACUCCCAGAUUCUGAACGCGCUGUUCUGCGUGACGGGGUUCGGACUCGCACCCUGGAGAUUCAGGGAUCUGUAUUGGUGGUUCUGCUGGCGGCUGGGCGGCGCCCCCAAGAGGCUGUGCGGCAUCGCACGCCUGGCGAACAUUCAUAGAUCGUGGUGUCGCUUCCCCGGACCUGGGACUGGAGCGUCAUGUGUCUGCCAUGGCGAUGCUGUCAGCACCGAGGACGUAUCGGGCGGAUCUGCUACUCCGACAAAGACGCCCCUCAACCCCUCUCUCGCUAGUAUGACGAUGACCCCGCCGACGGCGCCUUGGAAAAUCGAUCUUUUUGUCUGGUGCAACAUAUGGAAUACAAUCUUCCAGGUAUGCCUAGCGGGUUCCAUGUGGGGCAUGGAUCGAUUCAACCGGCCCAGUUGGACGACGGGCUUAUUUGUUGCCCUGGCUUGUGGUGUAGCAGGGGUCGCGGGGUGGGUGAGUUUCCGCGAGGGUAGGAGGAUUGCGAGACAUGAAGACGCGGGUGUAUCUUUGGAGGCUGCUAAAACAAGGGCUAAGUUUACUGAGUAUGAGCGAGGGAGCUGUGUUUAA